AUGUCUACUAACAAAAUCACUUUUUUGCUUAACUGGGAAGCAACUCCCUACCACAUUCCUAUCUUUUUAGCUCAAACUAAAGGCUACUUCAAAAGAGAAGGUUUGGAUGUUGCUAUCCUUGAACCAUCCAACCCAUCUGAUGUUACCGAAUUGAUUGGUUCUGGUAAAGUUGACAUGGGCUUAAAGGCUAUGGUUCAUACAUUGGCUGCUAAAGCUAGAGGUUUCCCAGUUACCUCAAUUGGUUCAUUGUUGGAUGAGCCAUUCACCGGUGUUUGCUAUUUGGAAUCGUCAGGUAUCACUACUGAUUUCCAAUCUCUCAAGGGCAAGCGUAUUGGAUACGUUGGUGAAUUUGGAAAAAUUCAAAUAGAUGAAUUGACAAAACACUAUGGUAUGACUCCAGAUGAUUACACUGCCGUUAGAUGUGGUAUGAAUGUUGCAAAGUACAUUUUGGAAGGUAGCAUUGAUUGCGGUAUUGGUAUUGAAUGUAUCCAACAAGUUGAAAUGGAAGAAGCUUUGAAAAAGCAAGGAAAGAAUCCGAAUGAAGCCAAGAUGUUGAGAAUUGAUAAAUUGGCUGAAUUAGGAUGCUGUUGUUUCUGUACUAUCUUGUACAUUGCCAAUGACAAAUUUAUUGCUGAAAACCCGGAAAAAAUCAGGGCCUUCUUGAAAGCUAUCAAGUCUGCCACUGAUUUCGUCUUGGCAAAUCCUCAACAGGCUUGGGAAGAGUACGGUAACUUUAAACCCCAAAUGACUUCUGAAUUGAACAAAAAGAAGUUUGAAAGAUGUUUUGCAUACUUUUCCGAUUCUUUGUACAAUGUUCACCGUGAUUGGAACAAGGUUAACAACUAUGGUAAGAGAUUGGAAAUUUUGCCAGAAGACUAUAAGCCAAAUUACACCAACGAGUACUUGUCAUGGCCAGAGCCAAAAGAGGUUGAGAACCCAACAAAGGCUCAAGAGCUCAUGCUCAAGCAUCAAGAGGAAUGUAAGGCCUGUGGUGGUUGUAGAAGAUUAGUUCUCACUGGUGUUUAG